AUGCAAGAACAUUGGAUGAAUCCAAAUGAACUAGUACAACACAUUGAAAAUGUUGGUUUGACUGGACUUAAUUCAGAGUAUAGUGCACUUGUUCAGUUGAAGAACGAAUAUACGCAUAUUGCUUUCAAGCAUAUACUUAAUCGGAGUAAAAAUCGUUAUUGUGAUGUGAUUUGUCAUGAUGCAACUCGUGUUUAUCUCCAACCAUUAUUAUUAUCGUCGGAUAUUUCUAGAAUUUCCACUAGUCGUAGUGAUGAAGAUCCUACAGUAUUAUGUAAUGCUCAGAAAUCCCUUACCGCGCGUCUUCAUCGUACACAUUCAGCACCAAUAUCAGCGCAUACACUAGUAAAAAAUUAUAUUCAUGCCAAUUGGGUCGAUGGUUAUCGACAGAAAAACGCUUUUAUCUGUACUCAGGGUCCAUUAUCGGAAACUGUAGGUGAUUUUUGGCAGAUGAUUUGGGAUUAUCACUGUCCUAUUAUUGUCAUGAUCACAAGAAUUCUUGAAGCUCAACGUUCCAAAUGUUACUUAUAUUGGCCAGAUGUGGAAAAUCAAAAACUCUACUUUAGUUCUGGCCACACAGGUUGUCUCUAUGCUCCUGCUCCAUCUGAUCGAUCAAAUAAUAGCUUUUCGAAAUUUAGUAGUAAUAAUAAUGUUACUCCGGAUUUUUUAAUUGAAAAUAUCAAGUGUGAAAGUAAUGGGAAUUUUGCUCAGACAACACUACGAAUAACACAUUUACAGCUACACGAAGUAAGGACUGUUGAACAUUUUGCUUUCUUUUCAUGGCCUGAUCAUGGUACACCUCAAACAACUGAAGGUUUACUAGAUUUACUCACUUCCGUUCAAUCAACUUAUUUGAAUGAAAUUGAAAAAUUGGGCUAUAAAACCUAUGAAAAUCAGAAAAUUCCACCUCCUCCAGUCGUUGUACACUGUAGUGCAGGAAUUGGUAGAACAGGUACUUAUGUAACUGUGGAUAUAUGUACAAAAUGGUUAGCUGAUUCACGUAAUACAGAGCAUAAAAUCAAUAUUCCUCUAACAGUCGCUCGAGUACGUUCACAACGUUUCGGUUGUGUUCAAGUAUCGUCACAGUAUGUAUUUUGUUAUCGUGCAAUUAUUGAUUUUGCAGUGAAUUCCGGUUUAUUGGAUUCGAGUAAAACUCAACAAGCGCUAGAUUUAUUGUGCACUGAAUCAAAUUCUCAAACAUCAUCCUCAUCAUCAGUAUUACCGAAUUCAUCAUUUUAUCAAUCCACCUCAUUGCCUAGACCAUUUCCUGGACUGAUAACAAAUUAUAUUAAUGAUGUUGCUAGUACAUUAUCGUCCUCAUCUACUUUUCGAUAUCACCGAAAUAUUGGUAGUACUACUACUACUACUACUACUACCACUAGUAAUAAUUCAUCCUUAGUUACUUCUGUGUCGAUGAUGUCUUCAAAUUCCUCAUCGCUUAAUCAUCACAGUCGUAGUCCAUUCCAUGAACUAUUAGCUUUAUUCUCUCCUGCCAGUCUGGCAUCAAUUAAAAAUUCAAUUCGCUUUAAGAAAUAUAAAGAUGAUCUGAAUAGUUCGGACUUUUCCACAGUAAACGGUGUUCUAGAUAUGGACGAAACUUGUUGUUUGGAUGUAACUACUGACAGCAAUAACCAGAACACAAAUACUUUAAAUUUUAUAGCAUCGACAACCAUUUUCACUGGUAAUAAUACCACAACUACUAUCUCUGAUAAUAUUAGUAGUUCAUUAAGUAAUAGCAGGAAUAAUAAUGAUAAUAAUCGAAGUGAAUCAUUUAUUGUAAAUCCACAUUUCGAUUUUAAUAUCUCCUCAUCGUCUUCAUCAUUAUCAACAAAUAGUACUACACAUUUACCCAUAUCCGGACUAACAGAUACUACAACUACUACUCAAUUAAUAAAUAAUAACAUUGAAAGUACUAUAAUUGUCCAACCACCAUUCACUCGUCCAAUGAAACCGGCUAUUUUCAAUGAUGAUAAAUCGAAUCUGACUACUAAUAAUAUGGACAAAUCUAAGUCUAAUAAUAGUAUGAAGAAAAUUCAUUCGCCUACACAAUCAUCGGAUACUGAAGACUUAAACAAGAUGAAUAUGGUAUCAGGUAUAUCUGAGAUUAAACACAAUUUUAUGAUGAAUGAUUUAAAUAUUAAUAAUAAUAUUGAUAUGAUUAAUGAUAAUAAUCAGAGUACUAUAGUUGAACAUCGACAAAAUGAUCCUGUAGCUAUCAUUAAAACAAAUGAAAUCAAUUAUAAUAAAUCAGAAAAAUAA